UGUCUCACCGACGGUGGAGUAAGCACUGGGGACCGCACCUGUGCAGCUGCUAAGUGCAAACUCGUGGUCUGGCACGCGCCGCAGCUUGGAAUACACAGCCUCUUUGGUUGCGAAAUGAGCAGGAUGACCAGGAUAGCGGCUACUCUCCUGUGUUUUCUGACAACUGCGGCGUCACUGGACAUCGACACGUCGGACGGGGGUUACAAGGACAUAUGGGUUUCCAUCAGCGAAAGCAUUCCUUACAACGAGUCCAUCAUUGAGAACAUCAAGGAUCUGUUCCGGUCUUCGUCCGAGUUCCUGCACAAGGCCACCAAUGGGCGCGUGUACUUCAAGCACGUGACCAUCGAGGUUCCCAAGACUUGGCCACUGAGACACGGAGCCCGUGCCCUGUCGUCCAGCUUCUUCGACAAGAGCGACGUCCGCGUCGACCAGCCCAACGCUAUGUACGGGGACAAGCCGUUCACCAUGCAGAAGAGACGCUGCGGCGAACCCGGAGACUUCAUUCAAGUGACGCCCGCUUUUCUGGCCACCAUUGGCAACUCCACGGCGAAUAAAUUGGCGAACCCAGCGUACGUGAUGGUGCACGAGUGGGCCCACUACCGUUACGGUGUUUUCGACGAGUACGGCAGCGUGGACGACAGCCGCUACCCACUCACUUACUGUGACGGUGGCAAGGUGAAGCUGAACGCUUGCUCGAACAGGAUUGCCUUCACCGCACGGAGGGCCGACGGAGGAAAAUGUUCAAUCGACGACAGGUGUCGUUUCGUCGAAGGCUGCAUGGUCACUUUCCAGCAACCGAGCUGGAAUCCCGUCGAGUCAUCCAUCAUGUUCAUGCCAUACCUAGCCAACGUGAGCCAGUUUUGCGACAACAGAGAUGGGCCCAAUAUCCACAACCCGUUCGCCCCCAGCAAGCAGAACGACCUCUGCAAGCAACAGUCCACCUGGGAAGUUAUCAGUGGAAACGCGGACUUUCAGAAACUUUCCAGCCCAGAUCCGUCCAAGUCAAUCCACGUGACCUUCGAAGAGGCUCAGCAAAAGGAAGACCUUGCGCCUCGCGUUGUCCUUGUGCUCGACGUUUCGGGCAGCAUGGUUGACUUCGGACGACUCGGCUUUCUCAAAGAAGCUGCGAGGCGCUACAUUAGCGACAUCAAAGACGGCUCGCGUCGACUGGCCAUCAUCGAGUUCAGUUACGGCGCCAAAGUGGUGCACACUCUGAUGCCAGUGAACGUUAACACAAGAACUGGGUUCCUGAAUGCCAUACACAGAUUGAUGGCAGACGGAAGUACCUGCAUCGGAUGCGGCCUCGAGAGUGCAAUAGAGCUGCUAACAACCGCCAAUGAGACGCCGGAGGGCGCCACGAUCCUGCUCAUGAGCGACGGGGAGGAGAACCAGGACCCGCGCAUCGUCGACGUGAUGCCACGGGUUUCCGCCUCGAAAGUCGUGGUCAACACGCUGGCUCUGGGAGCCACAGCCGAACACAAGCUCGAAGAGCUGGCCACUUCGACGCGCGGAAAAGCGUUCGCCUUUCGCGACCUGCAGGGAAACCUUGUGGACGAACUGGAAGCCGCCUUCGUGUCAUCCACUACGAGCCAACACGACCCCUGUGCCCCGAACUCACACGUACUGAUCGGUGUUCACACAAGCCCCUUGUUCUCGUCUUAUUCUUGUAUCUCGAAGUUGGUGGAGUCCGAGGAAGAGUUCACCAGCCUGCUAGAAAAGAAGUUCCAAGUGGACUCCAACGUGGGCAACGGGACGAGAGUCCACGUGACGCGCAACCGACCGGAAACGGGAAAACUCGAAGCUCGGCUCACAGAUCCUAGCGGACAGCCGUGCAAGGAGUGCCGAGAAACCGUGAACGGAAAUGACGUAGUGAUCUCCAUUCCAAGUCCAGCAAAGGUUGGCACGUGGACACUCCACGUGGAAAGCUCCAGCUCCGACCCAGUGGAGGUAAGCGUCAGUGUCAAGUCACAGGCCAGCAAGGGCGACGACGAGCCUAUCCGGGUCACUUGCGAAAUGAGCAGCAUGCUCGUAGAUGGUCCCGACCAAGCUGUCAUCUUCGCCAAGGUCACGAAGGGAAUAAAGGUACUCCUGGACGCUGACGUCUUCGCCACGGUCUACCGUCCCAAGAUGUCGAACGAGCCACACUUGGUCACGGUCCCACUGCAUGACGACGGACGGGACCCUGACAUUCAGGCCGACGACGGAACGUACAGCGGUUACUUCGUCCAGUUCACGGGCAAAGGCCGCUACGCAGUGACAGCGCACGUGUCAAGCCAGAAAAGGACGCGGCUGGCCGACCCACGAGGUGCCUCUGGCAGCUUCUUCAGCACGGCACUGUUUUCGGCGGCAACAGGCGAGUCUCCCUUUAUCUGGCUGGAAGGGUGGCCACUUCAGCGCAGUUGCUUUCUGCUGGCGUGGCGAACCUCGGAGUUGAUUUAUAUAUUUAUCUAUUUUUUUUCUCUGUCCCAUUUCACGACUGCGCGGCGCACGCCAGAAACAGUCACGGGAAUGAGCGGCAUUGAACCGGCGUCCGAGUACCCAGUCGACGAUUUCGACUUCGUAAAUUCUACGGCCCAAGGCACGAGCCGUGCAGGCGAGGAGGUGGCGGAACCAUUCCAACGGGUGGCAUCCGGAGGGUCCUUCCAGGUGACGGUGAAUAUUGUGGAGAAGCAGGUACCUCCAGGAGACAUCCGGGACCUCUCUGUGACAGGCGUACACGCAGGCGAGAACGACUCGCUUCUCGUGGAACUCACGUGGACAUGGCCCGGAGCUCACCUGACAUACGGAAACGCCUCAGGCGUGGAGAUUCGAGCCAGCAGAGAGUAUGCCAAGCUAGUCUCAGCAUUCGAGAAGCAGACAGAAAUCCCGGCCGCCGACAUUGUGCAAGGAAAUCUCGACCCGCUGCGCCCCGGUGCGAAACACGUCGUCACCGUGUACCUUUCCCGCAUCCUGUCUUCGCGUCGCCAGGACGGUGCCCUAGACUGGAGCGGAUACCUAGCCGCUCAAGUAUUAAAUGCCGACGGCCUCCGCUCCAAAACGUCGAACGUCGUUCGCGUGUCCUACACUCCGCCGCCUGUGACGACCACGGUCGCUACUACCACUACACAAGCUACCACGACAGAGGCCGUUAGUACACAAGAUAUCACGACCGACGAAGCAACGACCACGGAAGUUCCGACUGUUGUUUCCACUACACAGGCUACAACGACAGAGGCCAUUAGUACGCAAGAUAGCACGACCGACGAAGCAACGACCACGGAAGUUCCGACGGUUGUUUCAUCGUCGACACACUUGACGAGUAGCCAGUCAUCAAGCUUUGUCGUCUCGAUCUGGGUGUGGAUUCUGAUCGCCUGCGUUGCAGCAGCGAUUGUGGUCGCCGCCUUGUUAGCGAUCUUGGUCAAAAUGAACCCUUCUAAGCGCGGGAUCUACCGCGUCUUCUUUAGUCAGCCCAGGCAAAGGCAGCAUGGUUAUGCGUAGGCAUUCCUGCUCCGCCUAAGUGAGAGUGAACUGUGACGAUACGCGCCAUAUCGUGCUGCUGGGCUGUUGGCUCAUAGUUAUUGCGGUGCACUAGGACGCCACACAAAGUGUAGACGGGGAAAGGAAAAACGCUCUUUUCUGUUCUGGUCUUACUUCACAUUGUUUCGCGUCCUACUAAACCGUAAUAAGCGAUGGCACCCUCACUGCAUCUGUAAAAUUCAUGAUAUCGCUCUUUGUUGAUUGAAGGCUCAUCGUCGUCUUUGCCGAGGAGUAUUUUUGACAAUAGACUACUGUAUGUUUCUUGCCUUCGGACUGCCCGUGAUCAAUGGACGGGAUCCUCAAAGUGGAGUGGAUACGCAGACCGUUCCCUUCAUCGUAAAGAUAUCGAUCAUCUUUCAAUGUUCUGUCAAUGCUUCACUGAUACAGCGAUCAUAGCGCGCGGUUCCUUGUUUCAUCGAAUUUCCACAUCGGGCCCUACGGUGGCCUUUCGCAGUUGAAUGUAUGUCCGAGUAUAGCGUAUGAGUUUGUGUACCAAUAUUUAAGUGCGAUUUCUCUUCUUCCAUGCCUGUUCUAAUACUGCGCAUAUUUCUUGUUUUUUAUUUGUGACCGGUCUGGCCGUUCUGUCGAGAAGCAUUGUCACUUUCUCUUUGGUCGACGAUGUGUUGUUUCGAGCUUUUCAAUGUGCAAUAAAUUGUAUCGCAUUACCCCUUCCCCUCUCCGCGCCUCCCUUCCAUGCUUGGUGCCGCUCUUGAGUGGUGUAGCAUACAUCCAAAAUUUACAGACAGGACCAAUAAGCGGGAACCUAUUCCAUGCAUUCUUUCAUCUCUAUCAGCACGUGC